AUGGAUAACAUCGAGGGCAUCCUCAAGUCCGAGGAGACCGAUCUCAAGCGAGAUGCCGAAAUCAAACGGAUUUUGAGUGUACACCCAAAGGAUUACUACGCCGUGCUUGAUGUGGCGUUUGAGGCUGACGCUGGCGUCAUCAAGAAGCGGUACCGACAGCUAGCGAUGUUGAUCCAUCCCGAUAAGACAUCGUUACCCGAUGCCGAGAAGGCAUUCGACAUUGUCAAGAAAGCCGAGCUGAUAUUACAAGCCCUGGGCGACGACCAGGCCCUGGCAGUACAGGAAAAGGAACGACUAGAUCUGAUUUACCGCGACGUGGACCAAGACCGCAAACGGGUGAGGGAGGCGCUUGAAGACCUAGAGUUCCAGGAAUUACAGCAAAAGGAACUUGAACAGCGACAUAAGUUAAACGAGCAUGCAGCAGCCAAGCGGGCCGAGGAGAACGUGUCUGCGGCUGCCAAACACAAGCAGCGGUGGGAGAACGACCGGGAUACCCGAGUCAACCUGUGGCGAUCGUACGUCUCCAAAGUGGAGAAACCUAAGAAAAAAAAGAAGAAAAAGGUAUUGGCAUAG